AUGGAAAUGUUUGGGCAGACCAUUGGCGGCAGAGCAGGUCAGAAUGGUAAUAACGCAAAUCUUGCUUGGGAUAUAUGGGAGAUGAAUAAUGGUGGUAAUAGUAAUAGUAAUGGCAACAACGAUAUAUUGUACAUGACGGCGGCAACGGCGGCCGUCACCAUCGUCGAGCCGCCUUCCGGCUCCACCGCGAGCUCCGAAGCGAGUUUGGGUCACGCGCUGAUGCACAACGACGGUGUUCAAGCAGUGGAGCAGCACUUCCAGAAUUUCUACGGUGGCGAUCAUCAUCAUCACGGUCGUCUUCAUGGGUCCCAAUACCUUCCGGAUCCGCACCUUAUGUGCUUGAAGCUGGGGAAGAGGCACUACUUUGAGGACGCUGCUCCGCCUCUGCUUGAUCAUCAUCACCGACACGUGGCGGGAUUCCCUUUGGCCAUGAAGAGAGGCAAGAACUUGUAUGGCGCUGGUGGCGGCGGCGGGGCUUCAACUUCGUCGUUGAAGGUGCCGCGGUGUCAGGUGGAGGGGUGCCAAGUGGCGCUGGUGAGCGCAAAGGAGUACCACCGGCGGCACAAAGUGUGUGAGAUGCACUCCAAGGCAUCCAAGGUAGUCGUCUUAGGGUUGGAGCAGCGUUUCUGUCAGCAAUGCAGCAGGUUUCACGUAGUGUCGGAGUUUGACGAAUCUAAGAGGAGUUGUAGGAGGAGAUUAGCUGGACAUAAUGAGCGAAGAAGGAAAUGCUCUCAUGAUUCUCUAGCCAGAGGCUCUUCUCAAGAGAAAAGACUGAUGAUGGCUGCAGCAGGGAGGUUUCCAUACCUAUCGUCAUCGCCGACAGGACGUAGUGCUCUCUCUCUUCUGUCAUCGUCCAAAAGUAGUAAUGAUUCUUGGGUGCUCUCUCCGUCUGAUCUCUCCUCAAGAUCCCGCGCUGCACUUCGUGAACUCAUUGCCGAAAACCGAGCAGCCAUCUUGGCUCGCCAGGUCAUAUCUUCUUCAGAAAGACCAAACUCAAACUGGGAGGACUCAUCAAAUUAUAAUAACCAUUCGACGCAAGACUGUGGUGACUAUCUAAGCCAGUCAUGGCCGUCUAGUUCUGUUGAAUCCCAUCACCGUCAUCAGCAGCAGCAGAUGUUUGCUGCUGAUCAGCAUAGUUGGGACAGGUUCCAUGAAAGUGGUGCACAUUUGACACUUGAUCUAAUGCAGCAGCCCCCGAGCCCGGCUUAUGAGACUUUGUUGCCUGCAAGGGAUAGUAGUACUAAGGCCGAAGAUGAGGAGUGUGACCUUUGGAAAUGGAACUCCUUCCAAGGAGCCAGUGCGGUUUAA